AUUAUUAUUGAAUUUGUCUUUUUCAGCCAUGGCUGGGCGGAUCAGAUGCGGGCUUUCCAUUUUAAACAUAUCAAAUGUGUAUGCCCCACAGCACCCAUACAACCUGUAUCACUAAACGGUGGUAUGAGGAUGACCUCUUGGUUCGACAUUCUUGGUUUGGGACCUGAGUGUCCAGAAGAUGAAUCUGGAAUAAAAUCGGCAUCAUUGAAAUUGAAGGACCUAAUUGACAAAGAAGAAUCAAAUGGUAUACCCAGCAACAAAGUCAUAAUCGGAGGAUUUUCGCAAGGAGGGGCUGUAGCCCUUUACACAGCAUUUACAUUGACAAAACCCCUUGCUGGUGUCUUGGCCCUUAGUUCUUGGCUUCCGCUUAAUAAACAGUUCCCAGAGGUAGUGGUAGGCAAUAAGAACACUCCAUUGUUUCUGUGUCACGGUACAGCAGACCCCCUGGUUCCAUGCCAUUGGGGUCAUCUUACUUACCAACUGAUCAAGUCCUUUGAUCCAAAUGCAAAAUUCAAGACAUACGAAGGAAUGCCGCAUUCUUCAUGUAAAAGGGAAAUGGAUGAUGUGAAGAAGUAUAUUAUGGAAACGCUGGGGCUGGAACCCUGAACCUGUAGGACACUGGAAUGGAUGUUUUUUUGUUUUUUUUUUUUUUGUUGUUACUAAGAAAACAAAAGUGGAAAAAAAAAACCCCAA